GCCUUCAGAGGACUAAGGCCUGGCCCAAGCAAGGAGCCUGGAGCCAGAAGGAAUGGCCCUUGGGACCCAGAGACCCCCAGCCCAGGAGUCAGUGACCUUCAAGGAUGUGGCGGUGGACUUCACUGAGGAGGAGUGGGGCCUUUUGGACCCUUCUCAGAAAGAGCUGCACAAGGAGGUCAUGCUGGAGAAUGUCAAGAAUCUGCUCUCUGUUGGGCUUCCAGUUCUUAGAGAAGAUCUGAUCUCCCCUCUUCAGCACGGGGAAGUGGGGUUGCCAGAGCAGAGAGGCUGGAGGAGCUCUUGUCCAGAGACCAGGUUUGAAGUAAAUGGAAUGACUACAAAGCACAGCAUUUUUUUUGGGAGAAUCUCACCAGCAAAGAUUCAUAAACGAUGACGCCUCUGCCUUCAAUUUAAGGGAAAUUGGUGGCUCAAAUAUGAAAGUAGAUAAAAAUUCAAAGCAUUGGCAUGAAUUUGAAAAAACUGGGAAUAUAUCCAGACAGUCUUCAGCCCUAAGUCACUGUAAGAAAAUGACCUCACGGAUUGAGCACUUUCAGGAUAAUGAAUAUAGCAGAGGUUUUCCUGAACAAGAAAAAGUCCCUUUUCAAUCCCCUGAAAAGCAAAUAUAUCAAGAUAAUCCAUGCGAAAUGGCCAUCAACUGGGGUUCAGACCUCCUUAGACAUCAAAAAAAUACUGGAGAAAUGCUUUCUGUUAAUGAUAAAAAUAAGGUCUUCAGUCAGAACUCUAAGCUCAUUACUCAUCAGAAAAUUCACAUUAGAAAGGACCCUAAUGAAUAUAAUGAAUAUGAACUAACCUUAUCCCAUCACUCAUCUUUUCCUUACCAUCCUAGAUUUCAUACUGUACUGAAGCCAUAUGCAUAUAAUCAGUGUGAGAAGACCUUUGAUUCCAACUCAGAUCUUAAGAGACAUCAGAAUAUUGACACUGGAGUGACAUUUUAUAAAUGUAAUGAAUGUGGAAAGUGUUUCUGCUACAGAUCUCUCCUUAUUGGCCAUCAGAGAAUUCACACUGGUGAGAAACCUUUUGAUUGUAAUCAAUGUGGAAAGGUUUUUAGACAGAUGCUACAUCUUUCUUUACAGCAGAGAAUCUGCAGUAGAGAGAAACCUUAUCAAUGUAAUCAAUGUGGAAAGGCCUUCCAAUUUAACUCCCA